AUGGGGCAAAAACAAUAUUGCAACGAACCUUUCCAAACCCAAUCUAAGUUGGACAGACACUACACAUCCCAGAGGCACCAGAACAAAGUAGCUGGUAUUAUUCCGAACGAAAAUUCGGAAUUCCAUUGCGGUAUUUGCAACACUCCAUUCAAGAACGCCAAAGCUUUACGCGAACACCGGAGAGGAAGCAAAGUGAUGGAAGAAGUGAUGGAAGAACGGAUUCAAGUUGACUUACCCGAGCUCAUGGGAAACCGCUCUGCCGUGGCAGAGAGCCAUCACGGCGCCCAUUACAUUAACAGAGCUGGCCCAAUUAUUAUAGAAAUCGGCAAAUCGCAUUCCUCUCAUCGCUUGGAGCUAAAAGUUGACGACUCCUGCCUCGUACAACGCGACGCCCAUCAUCGUAGUUCCGAUGCUUGCGGCCGAGCCGACGAUGGUGUCGAGGGUCGAAAGGGCCACAAGGCUCGAGUAGAAGCCGUAGGGCAGGAUGGGCUUGAAGGUGUGGUUGGAGGCGGCGUUAAGGUUGUCGAUUCUGGUGAUGCUUCCGGAGGUCUUGGAGGGGAGUGGUCCUCGAGCGAAGUGACGAAUUGCGUUUUUCUCGAUGCCCUUUCGUCUCAUCCUCUUGAGAUCAUUUGCGCCGUCUUUCUCUGUGUCUCCAUGCCCCCAGUCACCAGCACCAUUCAUACCUCUAUCUUGUCAAAGGAAGCUGAAGACAAGCACUGUCGAGAGCCUCAACCUGGAACCUCGCACACGACUUCACAGAGUAUUCUUGUGUGGCUCAAAAUCCUUCUUUCCUUCCAAAACUUCUUCUCUACUCCAUCAACCUCCUCACAACCUGCCCUGUCCUUGCAACCUCACGGCAUCACGGCAAAUCAAUACUGUCAAUUCUCAACCCCUUGCUCGCCAAGCUUGUCUUACUACCUGUCGUUCGUCGCACCACCUGUCACCAUGGAGGACACUGAGAUGCACUCAGCGCCUCCCCGCAACAAUCCCAUGGACAGCCUUGACGAGUGGAUCACCAACUACAGCGAUCCCGACGGCAGUCUUCGCACUCUGGCGCAAGAUUGCACGAUGGCUCCCCUCACUUUGGAGUCAGACCUGCGUUUCCCUGCCCGGCCCAGUCGAUAA